UCCGCUAACUUCUGUGUGGUCAGCCAACCGAAGCAUGGGGUCCUUUGACUCAACCCUUUUCACUCGCUAACGUUAGCUAAAUAAUAACAAUGCCGAUAUGAUCGAUAUUUGCGGCUUAAUUUUCUAACAACGGGACUACCAGCCAGUACGGAACGGCGAAGUCUUCUCUGUAACCCGCACCUCCCCGACCAGCGUCCUGCGAACACUGCUAUCUGUGAUGUGAUUAUGAAUAACUGCCGUCGAGGGAAGUUAUAAUUGACAUUAUCAUAGCUGAAUGGCUACAACAGCAGCUUGUCCGCCUUCAUUUACCGCUUGUAUGCAGUUAUUUUAUUAGCCAUUUGAGCUCCGCGUCGGGAGGAACCGCUAUAUUUUCUUGGCGGAAAUAGCAGAAGACACCGCAUCCACAGCACUGUAGUUCACGUCCGAAAAGAUGUCUUUCUUCAAUUUUCGGAAGAUGUUCAAGUUCGGGCCUGAUAAGAAGAAGAAGCAGUAUGAACAUGUACACAGAGACGUCAACCCAGAGGAAAUUUGGGAAAUCAUUGGGGAACUGGGAGAUGGAGCAUUUGGGAAAGUGUUCAAGGCUCAGAACAAGCAGAAUGGGACCCUCGCUGCUGCCAAGGUUAUUGACACAAAGACAGAGGAUGAGUUGGAGGAUUACAUGGUCGAGAUUGACAUUCUGGCCUCCUGCAACCACCAUCACAUCGUCAAACUGCUGGACGCCUUCUAUUUCGAAGGCAAACUUUGGAUUCUGAUUGAGUUCUGUGCGGGUGGUGCAGUGGAUGCCAUCAUGCUGGAGCUGGAGAGGCCCCUGACAGAGCCCCAGAUCCGUGUGGUAUGCAAGCAGACCUUAGAGGCCUUGAUUUACCUCCAUGAGAGCAAGAUCAUCCACAGAGACUUGAAAGCCGGGAACAUUCUCCUCUCCUUGGAUGGAGAAGUGAAACUGGCUGACUUUGGGGUGUCUGCUAAAAAUACCAAGACGUUGCAGAGAAGAGACUCUUUCAUCGGCACUCCGUAUUGGAUGGCCCCAGAGGUGGUCAUGUGUGAAACUUCCAAGGAUCGUCCGUACGACUACAAGGCCGACAUCUGGUCUCUCGGGGUAACCCUGAUAGAGCUGGCGCAGAUUGAGCCACCCAACCACGAGAUGAAUCCCAUGAGAGUGCUGCUGAAAAUAGCCAAGUCCGAGCCGCCCACACUCAUGCAUCCCUCUCGCUGGUCACCAGAAUUCAACGACUUUCUGCGGAAAGCUCUUGAUAAGAAUGUGGACAAUAGGUGGGGCUCAGUACAGCUCCUACAGCAUCCUUUUGUCACCAGUGUAACUGAUAGCAGACCUCUCAGAGAGCUCAUUGCCGAGGCCAAAGCUGAAGUCACAGAGGAGAUCGAGGACAGCAAAGAAGAGGAGGAGGAGGAAGAGCCUGAUACACCGGUGGCGGCUCCUGGACACAAGCGAGCACCAUCAGAUGCCAGUGUGGCCAGCUCAGAGGAUGACAAAGUCCCACCGACUCCCUCCGCACUGGAAUCUGUUACAGAAAAUACAGAAGUCGAGCAUGCUGAGGACCGGACCAGUGAUAAGCUCUCUGAUGAAGGACUUGGUACAAGUGAGGUAGACAAGACUGAAGAGGAGAAACUCAAUGAGGUGUCUGAUGCCAGUAAUGAAGACCUGGGGCCUGUGCUAAUAGAGCCCACCAAGGUCUUGAUCUCACAAGAUCCAACAGAGCUUAAACCAGAAGGUGGUCAAGAUGAAGAGAUUCCUGCUGAGCCUGUACUCUCACAGCCAGAAGAACCUGAAGAGAAAGUGGAUACUGAAGAACUUGUUACAGAUGGUCAAGAAAGAGAGGAGGGACAAAAGGAGACACAAGAAGAGACAACAGAGGAUGAACCUACCCAAGUAAUAGAAGAAGAAAGAGGACACAAAGAGGUGAAAGAAGAGGAGGAAAAAGAAGCAGGUACAGAAGAAGAAUCCAGAGAAUCACAAGAGCAACCUGAAGAUGCACCAGAAGAACCAGACUCCAUACCAGUAGGAGUGGCACAAGUAGAAGAAGAAAGCAAAGAACCAGAUGAAGAGAUACCUCAACAAAAGAUGACAGAAGACACAGCUGAUGGCACAGAUGUAAAUGCAGAUACAGAGAAUAUAGAAUCAAAUGUAUUGGACACAAACAUAAAUGGUAGUGUAGCUGAAUCCCCCACUGAGGUUUUGCUGGAGAAGGAGGCCAUCGAAAGUCAGCCAGAGGAGAAUCCUGAGGAUGGGCCUCCUGGGGAGGUGGAACAGCCUGAACAAGACAAUCAGCCCAGAGAGGAGGAUGAAGUAAAGGACCUGGCACCAACUGAAUCCACAAAUGGAGUCAGUGACGAAGCCAAAGACACCUCUGAAGAACAAGUGGUCCCAUGUACAGAUGCUCCUGUGAAGGAAGAGGAGGAGAAAGCCAACCGUGCAGAUGAGAGCACUUCCCAAGAUGCUGUCUCUGUCCCGGAGAGUGAAACGGAUUCAGAAAGCAAGAUUGAACAUGGUAGUCCUGCUGUGAUCAAGCCAGAUGUAGAGAAGGACUCUGAUUCUGGAAGCAGCUCUGCUGCUGAUAGCAACAGCCUUGACCUCAAUCUGUCCAUCUCCAGCUUCCUGUCUAAGAGCAAAGAGGGAGGUUCUGUGUCUAUGCAGGAGUCAAAACGUCAGAAGAAGACCCUGAAGAAGACACGUAAGUUCAUGGUGGAUGGUGUGGAGGUCAGUGUCACAACGUCAAAGAUAGUGACAGAUAACGACACCAAGAACGAGGAGAUGAGGUUCCUGAGGCGGCAAGAGUUGAGAGAGUUGCGCCUCCUGCAGAAAGAGGAGCAGAGGGCCCAGCAGCAGCUGAGCAACAAGCUGCAGCAGCAGAGAGAGCAGAUCUACCGGCGCUUUGAACAGGAAACUGCUGCUAAGAAGCGUCAGUAUGACCAAGAGGUGGAGAAUCUUGAGAAGAAGCAGAAGCAGACCAUUGAGCGACUGGAACAGGAUCACACCAGCCGUCUCCGAGACGAAGCCAAACGCAUCAAAGCGGAUCAAGACAAGGAGCUUUCCAAGUUCCAAAACAUGCUGAAGAACCGCAAGAAAGAGGCCAAACAGGAAGUUGGACAGUCACCCAAACACAUGAGAAGAGAGCUCAUGAAACGCUUAAAGGAGGACCUGUCUCUCCUUAAGACUGCAGAGGAGCAGGAGUUCCUACAGAAGCAGCAGCAAGAACUGGACGGAGCUCUGAAGAAAAUCAUCCAGCAGCAUAAAAUGGAGAUCGCCACUAUUGAGAGAGACUGCCUCAACCACAAGCAGCAGCUGAUGAGAGCUCGAGAGGCAGCCAUGUGGGAGCUGGAGGAACGCCACCUGCAGGAGAAGCACCAGCAGCUGAAGCAGCAGCUGAAAGACCAGUACUUCCUGCAGAGACACCAGCUGCUGAAGAGGCACGAGAAAGAAAUGGAGCAGAUGCAGCGCUACAACCAGCGGUUGGUAGAGGAGAUGAAGAACAAGCAGACUCAAGAGAGGGUUCGUCUGCCCAAGAUCCAACGCAGCGAAGCCAAGACCCGCAUGGCCAUGUUCAAGAAGAGCCUGCGGAUCACCGCCGCUGCCGCCAUCACCCUGGAGCAGGAGAGAGAGCGGAUAAAGCAGUUUGCUUCUCAGGAGGAAAAGAGGCAGAAGAACGAGAGGCUGCAUCAACACCAGAAACACGAGAACCAGAUGAGGGAUCUGCAGCUGCAGUGUGACUCAAACAUCAGGGAGCUGCAGCAGCUACAGAAUGAGAAAUGCCACCUUCUGAUUGAACAUGAGACCCAAAAGCUGAAGGAGCUGGACGAGGAGCACAGCCAAGAGAUAAAGGAGUGGAGAGAGAAGCUAAGGCCCAGGAAGAAGGCGUUAGAGGAGGAGUUCACACGGAAGCUGCAGGAGCAGGAGGUCUUCUUCAAGAUGAGCGGCGAAUCCGAAUGCCUUAACCCCACCACCCAGAGUCGAGUGUCCAAAUUCUACCCCAUCCCAAACCUGCACAACUCAGGUUUAUAGCCCCGUGUCUGCCUGUGCUACCACACAGACUCUGAUCGAACAUGGCUGCGCUCCUGGUGGAGCGCCAUCAUUUCUGCGACCGUCACUGAUAAACAUGAAAAUGUCUUCACUGCUUUGACUCCACAGUUAGUGAGCAUGACGUGCCUACACACCGUUCCCUCACUUAAUCCGUUUUUCUCAGCUUGUGGGGAAACAGCUAAUGGAUAAUGUGCACUUUUUUGAGCAAAUUUGGUUCAAAUUCUUAAAGUGUGCAGUUGGUAGUUAAGGCCAAUUAUGCUUAUCAGAUUAUUGAAAGCACAGGCUGCUACAGUAUGAAUGAUCUCCAGUGCCUCAUUUUUUUCUGCAUUUAGGCCCUUUCCUGCUUUUUUUACAGCUUGCAGUAAAUACAGAGCCCCCUGAAUGCCUUGCACUUAAAUAGCUGGUUAUCAUUUCCACCCAUUAUCACAAGAGAGAUUUUAAUCAAUUUUACAUAAGCUUGUGAUUGAACUCUGAGAUGUUGUUUUGCUGCACGUUAGGCAUAGCUGGUUUUAGGGAGAUGUGCUGAUGAGUCAGCUGACUCUGUAGUUGUAAGACUUUGUCAUGUCUGCGUAGUUUUACACGCGCACAGGAGUCAAAAGCAGCAGCGUGUUGGGAUCAUAAGGCUGUGAUAUCCAAUCAAAAGGAUUGUACUGUGUUGUAAAUGAUGAGUGAAAUGUUACAUGUGUGCACCUACAUAUGAAGUUUAAUCAGAUACUGUGCUUACCAUGAGGAGUUUACAGUUUUAAGAACAAAAAUUUGAUGCUGUAGUGUUUCAGUGACUCCCAAACUUCCCCAGUUUAGUUAAACCCAGAGGUGAGCUGUUCAUGGAGAAUGAUGAAAUACUUCUUUUCUCUCUAUAUAUACAGUAUAUAUAUAUAUAGAAAAUAAAUCACUUUACCUUCUGGGAGUUCGGUUGAGCAGUGGUCUCACUUUGUUGUGAAGACAAAUGAAUAUUUAAGGAAUGUAAAGCUGUUGAUUUGCACUGUUUUUCCGCUUGAGCUAAAGAAAAAAUAUGCAGUAGUAAACUGUCAAUGUGUUUUUGACAGCGAGUCACUUUUGUCUCACCCAGGCCUGUUCAAACUCCAAACUGACUGAGUCCUUUCAGCAUUUUUGCCUGUUUUUUUACUCAUUAUUUGACUUUUUUUUUUCAAAUGUGCCCUUAGUAUUUUACGACCACAUCUAGUUUUCUAAACAUGUACUCCUGAUGUAUUGAUGCUAUAAUCGCUCUUUUUGGUGAGCCUUUCCUGUCGUUGAGACCAGUGUUGUAUGAGAGGUGAAAUGCUGUAUCUGUACCUGUAUGAAUUUCCACAUGUGAGGAGAUGUACUUCGCUGUAUUUUAUGAGCAAAGUAUUGACGAUUCACAAAAAGAGACCUACUUCAAGAUAACCUGAUACGUUUAUUUUGCCACAUCGGUGCAUGUUAUCAUUUCUGUACGCUGACAUUAACAUUGACUGGUGUUUUGUCAUGAAUGCUGGAUUUUUAUUGGGGUUAUUGGAGACUGUGUCUUGUGAAUUACACCAUACGCCCCAUAGAUUUCAAAUAUUUUUUUAUUUCGUUAAGUUACAGCAUUUGGAUGUGUCGACCACUUGUCAUUCUACCACAAUGAAUAUUCUUAGUAUAUGCAUUUUUUGAUGUCAGAUCAAAUGUAUUUAAAGUGUCUUUAUAAAUGGACAUUUUUUUUUGUUGUAAAUAAAAUAUUGACUGUU